UUGUGGGGAGAGAGAGGCAUUGCAGUUACUAUAGGAGAUGGGGGGAGCUGUGUUGAAGGGGUGUAUGGGGCUGAGUGACAGUGCGACGAGCCCAGAGAGCAGUGGGUGGGGCUGCAGAGUGCUGAGGACUGUACGGAAGGCGGCGGCGGCAGAACUCCUUUCCCCCUAUAAAUAAGUGAGGUGGCGGGUGAGGAUAAGAAGCAUUACUGAGUCCGGUGCUCUCCGACUGGCCAGUUGGUAAACAGGCUCCUGGGGGCAAGCAAUGAGCAUGAUAAUACAAGAGACUACAAUUCCCAGGAUGCCUUGCGCUGGCGAACACGGGCUGUGCUAUACUUUAGGGACACGGUCGCCAACUGUUGUCUUCGGAGGGUUAGGCGGAUGGGGAGACGCUCGCUGCUGAUGAUGAUAAGGGAGGAAGUUCCCAGCCAGCUGGUCCUUCUAGUUGGGCGCAGUGCCGGAGCUCACGGGGAAAGGGGUUAUAUUAUCACUACGGGAACAAGUACCGACUUGAUUGUCAUUAGCGGUGAAAACCGUCUGUCAGCGCAACGCCGCGAUUCCACUGGUUGUUGGUACCUACAGAGGUGGGGCUCUGUGUGCCUGUCCACCGGCUUCCUAUUGGUAAUUAGGGCCUUCAUUCAGUCAAACCACCGGUUACGAUUGGCCAGAGGCCCCUUAGUGGGCGAGUUUAUGCGCAAGUGGUAUGUGCACCACAGGGGCAGCUCUGGAGGCGGAUGCUGGACUGUAAAUGGCUACGGCUGACGUCGGUCAGCGGGAUUGUGCGUUGCCGUUCGCAGGCACUGGCAGGGGGGCGGGUCUCUGUGCCCGCCGCGGCAGUAGGAGGAACCGGAGCUGCUGUCGGGGGCUGGUGAUGGGGUCAAUUCUCCCUCGUGUGUGAAACUCCGUCACCGAGCCGGCCCCGUCGCCGCCCUUAUCCGCCCGGCUGUGUUAGCGCCAUCGCGGAAAGUCUUUUGCAUCCUGAAUUAAUGCAUCCACUGCUGGUCAUCCCACUUUUGCUCCUCCUCUAUCCUGCCAUACACUGUGUUGAGUGAUCCCAAGUGGUUCUCCAUCAAGUAAAGAUGCUCCAGAUAAAUGCUCUGCAGAAGUAACUGCCUGAUUUCAGUGACCUGUUCCUGUAGCAAUAUUGCCAUGGUAUCCAAAGCCCUACAAAGCUGCGCUGCCAAAUCCAGCCACUCCCUGAACCUGCCAGUGUACGUGCAUCAUCCUGUUUGUAUUAAUGACUGUCAGGAUCAUGGCACUCUGCAGAGUUUCCUCCAUGCUACCUGACAGCAGUUCAAAAACGGCACCGGCAAAAAGUAAUGGACGUCAGUCUAAGAAUCAUGAGACUGUUAAUUUUUUCUCAUGCGUGUGCACAGACAGCGUUCCAGUGGGAGUCCCAAAAUGCACCAGGAGAAAAAUCAGAGAAUAGAGUUGAGCGACGGAAUGUUGUACUGUCUGAUAUCUGUCCAGAAUGCUAAGUGGAUAUUUUGAACAAGUGCAGAGGUAUGUGAAUGCAGUGAUUAACGAGGAAAGUAUCUUAACCCAGUAUAACAUAGCAGUACGGAUACACUUCAGUUUGGUUUAGUUACAUUACUACAAUUAGAGUGGACAUACUAAUUUGAUGUAACAUUCCCAUGGAGACAAGCCCUAUAUUGCACAUGGCAACAUUAUCUAGAUGCUGCUUUUGGAAGUCUGGUCCUCUGUACUGCAGCAAAUGGAUAGUGGCCCACCGUUUAUUUCAGGGGUGGGGGAUAAUUACUGCUUUUCUUGCUCAUUUAGGUUCUGAAAAGUCGUCUUAUACCAGCCCAGACAUUAUCAUCCAUUUUGGUGGUGGAGAUAAUUCUAGUCUACCAGUCCGCUGUUAGUAGUUCAGUUUUUUGUUUUUUUGCUUGGAAAGUCUCCAAGUGAGUUAUUUCAGUCAGCAAGCACCCAUGUGAAUGCUGUCAUCAGAAAUGUGUUCUUUUCAUGCGUCCAUCUGCUGGUAUAAUGAAGUAACUCACUUUUCCAGAGAAAUCUAAGGGGAUUUGAAGAAACCAAACCAAGAUGUAAAAUGUUACCUUCAGCUACACUGGCUGGCUGGUUUGUUUUUGUCCUUAAAGUUGAAAAUACAGCUACAGAUAACACUUAAAAAAAAAUCUGACUAAAAACUUAGAAAAUGUUCAGAUACCACUGUGAUGAGAGCCAUAUAAGUACUUAAAUCCUAUCCAUUUACUAUUUUUUUUUAAAAUCCCAUUGCUUAUAAUAUGAAAUGGAAAAGGUAAAAUAGUCAUUAUCUUUCUAAAAAAUAAUGAUAUCUGCACAGCAACACCAGUUUUGCACAAUAUUUACUGUUUGUGUCAGUUAAAAAAUAAUAAUUUCAUAAUAAUAAACUUCUUAUGCUGGGAGAUGUGCUAUAGAAUUUUAAGGGAGAGAAUGACUAAAAUCCCCCCCAACAGCCAUUUUAUAGCACGUUUACAGCUUCACAAGGCUUUUGCAUCACUUGAUACUGAAUUGCUAACGAAGAGCUCAAUAUAGCUUCUGAUGCGUUUUAGUUUCUCUGUGUGGUGACUGGCUAGGGUGUUACUGACAUCACAAUAUACAGCUGUUGAUUUUCUAUUGUCUCUGAGGCUUCAGCAAGUGCCUUAACAGAUUGCUUCAGCAGGUACCUACAAAUGCUUGAAUGAUAAGCUAAGUGUAUUUGUGCAGUAAGCUCUUUAAAGGAACAAUACAAAAGCCUAGGUAUGAGAUACUAUGGAAGGCAUAUCUUCAGUAACUCUGCAUAAUGAAGCUAAAUGCCAGUAUGAUCCAGGCAUCUAAAAGGGAUGGUAUUCUUGAUCCAAGACAGUAUAGUUCAGUCCAGGAUUCUACACUGGUGACAAGGACAUGGGACUCCUCCUGCCAUAUUCCAGAUGGUUCAUUACAACUGACAUCUUGGUUGAUGACUGUGAAAAGGACCGUUGGAUUAUUUUAUUGUAUUUUUGUGGGAGACCACAAUUCCAAAUCUGUAGGAUACAUCAGGUUCCUUAUUUCCUGUAGAAUUUUAAAGUAACCUUCUCUAAUGAGGAUGUCUGAUACUGUUACUCUAAAGGAUGAAACUGAUACAAUGAAUGGUUCAGAGGCAGAAUUUAAAGACACAACCCCAGUCGAAAACAUUAUAAAAUCAAGAAGCCAUGAGCAGAUUCAAGUAGAAAACGAUGAAAGUUGUACAGACAACACAAAUGAUAUGCCGGAGAAAAUUCAGAUCCAGUUAACGCAGUCUUUUGAGAAAGAAGAGAAGCCCACAAAAGAUGAAAUGGAAAAGGAAAAAUCCAGUGAUAAAUUGUCCAGAAAAAUGUUAUCAAGAGAUUCUAGCCAAGAAUACACAGAUUCAACUGGCAUAGAUCUACAUGAAUUUUUAGUAAAUACACUAAAAAACAAUCCCAGGGACAGAAUGAUGCUGCUGAAAUUAGAACAGGAAAUUUUAGAUUUCAUUGGUGGUAACGAAAUUCCACGCAAAAAAUUUCCCCCCAUGACCUCUUACCAUAGAAUGCUGUUGCACAGAGUAGCUGCUUACUUUGGAUUGGAACAUAAUGUGGACCAGAGUGGGAAGUCAGUGAUAGUAAACAAAACUAGCAAUACAAGAAUACCUGAUCAAAAGUUUUGUGAGCAUAUAAAGGAUGAGAAAUGUGAAGAUUUUCAGAAACGGUACAUCCUUAAAAGAGAGAAUUCUAGUUUAGACAAAGAUGAUAACCAGAUGCGAAUACGCUUAAAAGAUGACAGAAGAAGCAAAUCUAUAGAAGAACGAGAAGAAGAAUACCAGAGAGCUAGAGAACGAAUAUUUGCACAAGAUGCCCUGUGUUCCCAAGAGAAUUAUCUUAUUGACAGAAGAAUCCAAGAGGAGGAAACUAAUAGUACGCAGCAAAGGCGGCAGAUAUUUAGAGUCAAUAAGGAAGCUUCAGGGAGAUCAGCCAACAGCCAUCAAAGCAGUACUGAAAAUGAGCUGCAGUACUCUGAACCCCGACCCUGGAGCAGCACGGACUCUGAUAAUUCCAUCCGCAAUUUGAAGCCAGUUGUAACGAAAGCCAGCAGCUUCAGUGGGAUUUCAGUUCUGACAAGAGGAGAUAGCUCUGGAAGCAGCAAAAGCACAGGCAAGCUGUCUAAGACAGGUCAGCCAUUCAUUAACCCAGAUGGCACUCCUGUUGUGUAUAAUCCUCCUAUGCUUCAGCAACCUGUUAGGACCCAAGUGCCUGGACCUCCACAGCAACCACCUCAGCAGCAACCAGCAGCUAAUCACAUCCUAUCACAGCAAGACAACCUUGGAUCACAGUUUAGCCAUAUGAGUCUUGCCCGCCAGUCAUCUGCUGAUGGUGCUGAUCCUCACCCCACCAUGUUCCAGUCCACUGUAGUCCUUCAACCCACACAACAGUCUGGCUAUAUCAUAGCAACAGCCCCAACUCUGCCACCUCCACAAGGUCAACCAGUCCCUACUCCCAACUAUUCUGCAUCCAGCCAUCCUGUCAACCAGCAAGUGCUGCAGCAACAGGGAUAUAUGCAGCAACCUCUACCACAGAUGCCAGCUUGUUAUUGUGCUCCAGGCCAAUAUCCACACUCCAAUCAACAAUAUCGACCAGUUACUUCUGUCCAUUACAACACACAGCAAAACCCACCACUGCCACAGCCAGCACAGCAGACAGGCUACCAAGUUAUGCCUAACCAGCAGCAAGCCUACCAGGGGUUGGUUGGAGUUCAGCAGUCUCAGAAUCAAAAUCUAGUCAGUAGCCAACACAACAACGUUGGAAAUCAGAUACAGGGUGUGAUUGUUCCAUACACUUCAGUGCCAUCUUAUCAGGUUUCAGUGCCUCAAGGUUCCCAAGGAAUACCCCAGCAGACAUAUCAGCAGCCUGUUAUAAUUCCCAGUCAGUCAAAUCAAGGACUGCCCACAACAGGAAUACCUGUUUAUUACAGUGUCAUUCCAUCAGGUCAACAGAAUAAUUUAAGUUCAUCUGUAGGAUAUUUGCAGCCUCCAGGAUCAGAGCCAAUGCAGUUUCCUAGAACAUCUUCCCCGUGCAACUCACAGCAGCUCCAAGGACAACAGUGUACAGCGGUAGCUCCACCACCAGGUGGAGGAGUAGUAAUGAUGCAGCUGAAUAUACCCAACAAUCCUCAGCCUCGAACCCAUUCACCUCCUCAAUGGAAACAAAAUAAAUAUUAUUGUGACCAUCAAAGAGGACAGAAAUCCACAGAGUUUAGCACUUUAGACAGUGCUACACAGUUACAGCACAGUCCUCAACUAAAUAGUCCUGCCACCUCACCAGCCCAAUCACCAGCACCAGUUCAACUAUCAAACAUGAAAAACCUCCGUCCCACGUUAACACCUCUUUCUAUUGUGUCCCAAUUUUCUAGAUCUUUUGUCCCUGGACAAGGAGAUGCCAGAUACCCAUUGCUUGGCCAGCCACUGCAAUAUAACCCUCCACCUUUAUUACAUGGACAUGUAACAGGCCAACAGUGUCAACCUGGACACAGACAUGGAAGCAGAGGAAGGAAACCAGCUAAGAAGGCCGCUUCAGCAGAUCUUGGUGCAGGGGAACCAGUUGUUGGAAAAGUCUUAGAAAUUACUGAACUGCCAGAAGGAAUAACUCGUAUGGAAGCUGAAAAACUAUUUGGAGAACUUUUUAAAGUUGGUGCCAAGAUUCGGUGGCUAAGGAAUCCCCAGUGUCUACAGACACAACAGCAACACCAACAUCGUUAUUGUGGCAGUGGAGAUAGUAAUGUGAACACUGAACCCUCCAAACCUAGUGACUUGGCCUCCACAUAUACAGUUCUAGCUACGUUCCCUACAAUGUCAGCAGCCCAAAAUGCACUGAAGAAACAAAGUAACUCAGCUAACAAGUUUAGGCUGAGAACAAGCAAGAAGCACUAUGAGUUUCAUAUUCUGGAAAGGGCUAGUUCUCAGUAGCAGCUACAUUGUUGGACAUUCAGCCUUUAGUAGUUCCAUGUCCUUCUCUUCUCUACUUGAUUGGCUUGAUGUUACAGGGUUUCUGUUAUCUUCAUAGAGAUUCCUGGAAUGUGUUCUCAUAUGACAUUAUAGCCUUGGAAGAAUAACCCAGUGAUCCAGCAAGAAGAAGAAGAAAAAUAGAUAUAAAGUUAAUCCCACACAACUGUAAGAAUCCAUUCUGACAAGAUAUAGAGAGGCAGCUUUCUAUGAGGAAUGCUGUUAAAAUGCCCCUUACUUUUAUAAUAGUUUUGUUUUAUAUUUCUGAAUUCUUGUAUCAGAUCCAAAUCUCUAUUGUACAGCAAACUUUUGUUCAUAAUGAAUACCCAUAUUCAGAUCUAUAUUUUGUAAUCCCUUUUCACAGCCAGCACACAGCUAUCCAUUUUAGGGCAGAGGGCUUGGGGUGGAAUGGGGUAAGGGAAGGGAGAAUAAUUAAGAAAUUUACACUGUUUUCUAGCCAACUACACACAAGUCUCCAAUUAACAUAUUUCUCUUCCCGUUUCUUUUUCAAAUAAAACAAUUUCAGUAACUUCUAAACUCCGUACACAGUCCUUUCAAGAUUCACUCAGUGUGAAAGAUAAUUACAAAUAAAUUAUAUUCUUGAACUCAUUUCUAAUCAAACAGGUUAGCAUAAGUAUUAAAGUGGAAUAUGAAUAUGUCUAAACUACAAAGAAUGUUCAUUGAAGCCAAUUUGUUUGUAGUAAAAGGGUGAAGACACUAAAAGGUAUCUCCCCCAAAUGACAAAAUGUUUGCACUUUGUGUUCCCACUGGUAUAAAUCUUUUUCUUUCUUUGCACUCUAGGAUAAUUGUGUUAAAUAAGUGCUGGACCCUUCUUAAGUCAUUUAAAUAUGUUUUCAUCAUUUGCAGAGGAUCACUGGACAUCAGAAGUUUCAUUGCACAUACAAACAAAAUCUUUUUUCAAUUUCUGUGUAAUUUGCAAGGCUGUACAAUGUGUGCUGAUGCAAGCCUUUUUUCAGUUCAAGAAAAUAAAUGUUUACAAAAACUUUUUCCAGUGCAUUUGUUUAAAUUAUAGGACUGCUUGAAACCUAAGUGAAUCCAUAUUAUGCCAUUUUGCAAGUUUUCCUCAUAUUUAGGGAACAGAGUUUAACAGAACUUAGCUUACAACUUGCCUAAUGAGAGCCAGACCAAAAAAAAUUACCUUUUGUCCAGAUCUACUCUCCUGUCUAUGAUAUGCUUAAUUGUUAAGACUUGGUGCAUACUUUAGAAAGCAAAUCUUGCAGCAUUGCACAUACUUUAUAUGUAAUCACUGUUCUUUUCGUCUUUGGAUAUAGGUAUGUGCUUCUAUCACAAGUAAUCAUAGAAGAGGAAGGCUUUGAGUGGGAAUUUAAAUGAGGAUAUGAUGAUGGGUUUAUGAAUAUGAUGCAGACAGGAACUUCUUUUAUGACUCUGGGAGAUGGUGCCAGGGGACAGAGGUGGCUGAGUAAACAGAAAGCUGGUUACAGCCUUGUCUAUUAAAAAAAAAAAAAAAAAAAAAAAAAAAAGCUACCGUUUCUCCACAGUAUUUUUCUAAUGAAUAAAUGUGCCGGACAAAGCCUCGCAGUAUUUCCACAUAGAUUUUAUAUCGGAAAU